UACUGUUACACACACACACACACACACACACACACACACACACACACGCAGGGGCAUCAUUAAGCCCCCACUCCCUGUGUGUUGACGGAAGAACAAUCCACAUGGUGAGUGACAAGCAGCGUGUGUGUGUGUGUGUGUGUGGGUGUGUGAGAGACAGUGAGCAGAGAGAGAGAGAGAGAGAAAAGUUUUUGCCUGUGUGGUGUGAGACAGAGCAAAAGCGAAAAGCCAUUUGGUGGUUUAGAACCAGUGACGCCAGCUUCACUGUUAAACACUCAAUUUAUUUCCCUUCAUGCUUUGUGUGUGUGUGUGCCUGUGUGUGUCCGUGGAAAGUUGCAGGAGAAAGAAAACAAAGUACUCUUUCUUUAUAUGUGCCUUAUGACCCCUCCCCCUUACUUCCUCUUACAUUCGCGUCCUGUGCUUCUAUUGGCUGGCCGAAUCAUGUGUAUGCAUGUAGAUGUGUUUGUGUUAAACCAUCCAGGUGGUCUGUAGUGGCGAUGCUUCACAUUAAGUUCCACUCACAAUAAGUACCUAAAUUAAUAACUAGCAUCUCUACCGCCCCCUAUCCGAGGCGGCCUGAUGUAGCAGCCUCACUUCCCAAUUUUUUUUUUUUUGUCAACACAUUUACACCCCAAAAAGUGGGUCGCUUGUCACGCCCAUCUGGUCCCGCCCCUGGUGCCAAUGUGCCCGGGCCCAUUCGGAGCAUCAGGCGCGUGUAGUCAUGGUGGUCGCGCUCACCUCCCUGCUGGACAAAGUGCUCUGCUUCUCGUUCACGUCAUGCUGAACGCGCUCGCAUUUCUGCUGGACAAAGUGGUGUUCUUCUUCGUGACGUGCGCGCACCCGCCACCGCCGCCCCUCGAGCGCGAGCGUGUCUACCGGCGCGGCGACUUGUUGGAGGUGCCGCGCACGCUCUUCACCCACUUCGGCAUCUACCUGGGCGACGGCCGCGUGGCGCACCUCAUCCCGGACAUCCUACCCGCAGUCACGUCGGACGAGCGCCACCUCCGCCGCAAAGUGACCAACACGCGCCUGCUGCUCGGCGUGCUCUCCAAGCGCGCGAGCGUACGCGUUGACUCAGUGGAGGACUUCGCGUAUGGCGCGAGCGUGCGGCUCAACACGCACGCCAUGGAGAGCGCCGGACGCGGUCCCCCCGACGCCGAAGAGGCGGCGCGGCGAGCUGAGCGCCUGCUCGGCAGCGUCCCCUACAGUCUGCUGUGGAACAACUGCGAGCAUUUCGUGACGUGGUGCCGCUACGGAGCCGCGCGCAGCCUGCAGACCGAACAGUUCUGUCAGUGGUUGAAGUCACUGAUCCGAGACCAACGGAACGCGGCUGUGGCAGGUCUGCUCGGCCUCCUCUCCCUGGCCUGCCUGGGCGUGUCCUCCGGGACAGCCCUGCCCGCUGUCUUCAUCCCCUUCACGUUGUGGAUGGCCAGCUGAAUCCACCUGCCAUUAUUUAGUGAGUUUUUUUGUCUGAACAUUUUUGUAUUGCGGGAUGUCACGGCAUUGUAAUGCUUUCGACUCAUGUAAAUAAACAAUUCAUUUGGAAAGGC